UUCAAUAAACUACUAAGUCUGGCUAGCACUGCUUCGUCUCAGAAGUUCCAGUCACACAUGUGGAGCCAGAUGCUGGUUUCCACCUAUGGAUUUUUGAAAUCAAUUUCCAACGUCUCUGGCAAAGACAUCCAGCCCUUAAUAAAGCAGUGGGUAGACCAGAGUGGAGUAGUAAAAUUUUACGGAAGUUUUGCAUUUAAUAGAAAGCGAAACGUUUUAGAACUAGAAAUAAAACAAGAUUACACGUCUCCUGGAACUCAGAAGUACGUGGGACCACUUAAAGUGACAGUGCAAGAGUUAGAUGGAUCCUUCAACCAUACCUUGCAAAUUGAAGAAAACAGUCUCAAGCAUGAUAUACCCUGCCACUCUAAAAGCAGAAGGAAUAAGAAGAAAAAAAUCCCACUGAUGAAUGGGGAAGAAGUUGACAUGGACCUUUCUGCAAUGGAUGCUGAUUCCCCUUUGCUGUGGAUAAGAAUAGACCCAGAUAUGUCCGUCCUGAGGAAGGUGGAGUUUGAGCAGGCUGAUUUCAUGUGGCAGUAUGAGCUCCGCUAUGAGAGAGACGUCGUGGCUCAGCAGGAAUCCAUCCUGGCUCUGGAAAAGUUCCCCACCCCGGCAUCACGCCUGGCGCUCACCGACAUCCUAGAGCAAGAGCAGUGCUUCUACCGCGUCCGAAUGGCAGCGUGCUUCUGUCUUGCGAAGAUUGCAAACUCAAUGGUGAGCACGUGGACAGGACCACCAGCCAUGAAGUCUCUCUUUACUCGAAUGUUUUGUUGUAAAACUUGUCCAAACAUCGUGAAAACAAACAACUUCAUGAGUUUUCAGAGUUAUUUUCUACAGAAGACUAUGCCAGUUGCCAUGGCUUUGUUAAGAGAUGUACAUAAUCUUUGUCCCAAGGAAGUUUUAACAUUUAUUUUAGACUUAAUCAAGUACAAUGACAACAGGAAAAAUAAGUUUUCAGAUAACUAUUAUCGUGCAGAAAUGAUUGAUGCUCUGGCUAAUUCUGUUACACCUGCUGUCAGUGUGAAUAAUGAAGUUAGAACUUUGGAUAACUUAAAUCCUGAUGUUCGGCUAAUUCUUGAGGAAAUAACUCGGUUUCUGAAUAUGGAAAAACUUCUCCCAAGUUACAGACACACUAUCACCGUCAGCUGUUUGAGAGCCAUAAGGGUGCUUCAGAAGAAUGGACAUGUGCCAAGUGAUUCAUCUCUUUUCAAAUCCUAUGCUGAGUAUGGCCAUUUUGUGGACAUCAGGAUAGCAGCUUUGGAAGCUGUUGUUGAUUACACUAAAGUGGACCGGAGUUAUGAAGAACUUCAGUGGCUACUUAAUAUGAUUCAGACUGAUCCUGUACCUUAUGUAAGGCAUAAGAUUCUAAACAUGUUGACUAAGAAUCCACCAUUUACAAAGAACAUGGAGUCUCCCUUAUGUAAUGAAGCCCUAGUAGACCAGCUCUGGAAAUUAAUGAAUUCUGGUACUGCCCAUGACUGGAGGUUACGGUGUGGUGCUGUGGAUUUGUACUUCACUUUGUUUGGCCUCAGUAGACCUUCCUGUUUACCCUUGCCAGAGCUCGGGCUUGUUCUUAAUCUCAAGGAGAAAAAAGCUGUCUUGAAUCCUACCAUAAUUCCAGAAACCGGAGCAGGCGCCCAGGAAUCUGCGAGUAAUGCCGGCUGUCAUGCACAGCUUGCUGGAUUCCAGAACCCUUUUUCAAGUUCUCAAGAUGAGGAGGAGGUUGAUAUGGAUACUGUUCAUGAUAGUCAGGCCUUCAUUUCCCAUCAUCUGAACAUGCUUGAAAGGCCAUCUACUCCAGGGCUUUCUAAAUAUCGACCAUCCAGCUCCAGAUCUUCCUUAAUGCCCCAGCAUUCAUUAGGCUGUGACAUCAUACCACCCACAAAACCCCCGUGGAGUAUGGAACUGUCCCGAAAGGGAAUAGGUAAAGAGCAGCCUUUGGAGAUGGGUGUGCAUUCCAUGGUAGCAGCUCCACUCUCAGUGUUUGCUAAGGAGUCUACGUCCUCUAGACACAGCGAGCACCAUCAUCAUCAUCACCACGAGCACAAGAAGAAGAAGAAGAAGCACAAGCACAAGCAUAAGCAUAAACACAAGCAUGACAGCAAGGACAAGGACAAGGAGCCCUUUGCCUUCUCCAGCCCUGCCAGCGGCAGGUCUGUGCGCUCGCCUUCCCUCUCAGACUGAAGCGUCUGCAGAGCCCUCUCCAGAGUCCCGCCCAGAAGAUGGUGUUACUAAAGCCUGGUCCUCCGUGGAGCAUGGUGCAAGGGGAAAUACAGAGAAGCUGGAGUGCACUGAAGUUCUGGGCAUUCAGUUUCUGUUCUUUGUAUAUCUGGGGUCUAAGGAGGAACUGUUUUUUUGGUUCUGGAUGAACUGUUCCAUCCCUUUGUUACUUCCUGAGAACACAGAGUGACUUCUUUUUACAACAGCCUUCAUGUCUCCUGCAGACCCAUUCACAUGUGGUCUCCUGUGGACUGUGGACUGUAAGGUCAGGUAUGCGUGGAAGCUGCUGAUGGAUGUCAUGGGCAAAGGAGCAUCAGCAGAAGGAACUGCCAGAUCUGUGGUACCCGGCAUUUCCAUGAAGUGCUGAAUAACACCACUUGGCGUUGCUGGAAAGGCAGGCUUUUCUGUAGGACUCAACCCUCUUGGCUGUUCUUCUGUGUAGCCAUAGAAAAUAAGUACCAUCAUUUAUGAGCUAAGAAUUGUAUAUUUCCUUUUAUCCUAAAUUACAAAAAGUUUGGAAAGAAAUUAUUUUUAAAAGCAUUUAAAGUAACUAUCUUUUGAUAGUACAUUUGGUGAUUUUGAUGUUGCAAUUUAACAGAACAGUCAGACUCUCCAUUAUGCUCAAAUCAAGAUGUUUAAAUUACAUUUUGUUUUGUCUUCUAUUAAGUAUAAAGGAAUGUGUUCAUAUGUAAAAUAUGGGUUGCUGAAUGUGAACAGUUUACACACAUAACUCGUAUUUUUUUCUAAAAUUACCCUGUAUAUAAGGCAGGCAUGGUACUACAUGCCUUUAAACCGAGCAUGGGAGGGGUAGAGGUAGGAGGAUUGUUCAAGACCAGCCUGAGAUACACGAAAAUCUGUAUCAGAAAAGCAAAGUAAUGAAAAUUACUAGAUAUAACAAAAUAUGAUGCUUUAAGAAGGUGUGUUUUAUUUGUUAUUUAUCGGCUUGGACAUAGAUAAUUUGACCCAUAUUGGAGAAUACCAGCAACAGUUUAAAAAUACAUGUGCAGUGUUUUUGUUUCUUAUUUUAACAGUUUGUAUGGUUGUGUGUUUUGUUUUUGUUAUUUUUUUUUGUUUUUCUGAAUUUACCAAGUUCUCUGGUAAAUUUUUUUUUCAUAUCUAGUUUUUAUCGUUUCCCUUAUUACUAAAAUGUAUGACUAAAUUCCUGUGCUCGGAAUAAAUAUUUCAAAAGGGAUCCAAUAAUGCUGGACUUUUAAAUAAUAAAUAACUUUUUUUUAAGUUGAA